AUGCUGCACAGAAUAAUGCUAGAGAAGAAUGCUGAUAACAAUGGGCUUAAAAGGGGAAUGAAACCACUUCGAAGCUGCACUACACGUUCGCCUGACCAUGCUUUUAGAACAUUCUCACGUCGUUGUCAUGCUUCAUCUGUUUCUGAAAAUACGCAUACUAGUCCGUCGUCAGCUUCGUCUCGUGACCCUUCAGAAGCAAUGACAUCGAGUAGAUCAAGUUUUUUGGAGCUAAUUGGAAUAAGAAAAAAGAAGGACAGCUGUACAGAGAAAAAGAACAGUUUUGGAAAGCAGAUUUUUAAAAAACGUAAACGAAAAGCUAGUGAAAGUGAUUCUUUACAGUCGAACGAUGAAGAACGCUGUAACGAUGGUAAAUGGACAGUGUUAAAUGUGACUAGCAAAUUUAGCACUAGCGAAAAUUUAGGCAAAGCCGAAAAUGUCACAAAGACUUUAUUGCCGGAACCAAAACAAUAUAGGCUUCAACGUCAGAAACGUGUUAUGCGUUUCAAUGCUGAAAACAAAGAAAACAGUUCUUGUCGCUACUCUGGCUCUCAAACCAGCAGUGUUCAGCGCGACUCUACCAAACGGAUUCUAUCUUCAGGUGCUGAAUCACGUUUACAUCAGCGCUGCAGUAGCCGUGAAUCAACCGAUACGACUAGAGGUAGACGAGGACAUCGUGGUGACGAUGAUGCGCUGAUGCUGCAUAAAGAACUGGAAAUGUUUAAGAGUCGAAACAAUCGUUUGAUUGAGCAAUUAAGACAAAAAUCAAUAGAGUACUCAAAACUUUCAUCUCACGUGGCAAGUUUACAAAAACAAGUAGAUGUAUUCAGAAACAGAUGCCGAUUAAAUGAAGAUUUAGAAAAAUGGACAUUUGAUGAUCGUAUCAAUUUACAUUCAAAAAAAAUAUUGGAUUUGGCAGUAAAUUCAACGCUGAAAGAGCAGGAAACAUCUCAAGCUGCCAUUGAACAACUAGAAAGAUUACAGCGCGAAAAUUUUCAUCUUUUGCAAUUACGUGCGACAGAAGUUAGUUUUCAAGAAAGACAUAUUCGCCAUCUGCUGGAAAUGAUGCCUUCAUAUGAUGCGUUAUAUUCAUUUACCAUGGGAAUCCUACGAAAACUUGGACAGUUACGAGCAACAUUCAUUGAGAGAAGCGCAAAAUCAACAGAAAAAGAAUUAGAACUUAUGCAAAUGCGUAUUUGCCUUAUAUUAGCAAAUGCUCAAGUAAAGCAUAUAAUUUUUAUCUUUUUACUGUUUACCUUUGAAGAUCAUUACAAUAUUGAAAGAUUAAAGCUGCGGAACAAUGACACCACUGCAGUUCGUCGUCGUCCAGUCUCAUACCACGGCGACAAUCUCCACGAUCGAUUGAAUAAUGCACAACUGAAUUUCUACAUUCCGCUACAACUUCAUGGUUCUCGACUAGAAAAAUUUCAUCAGUCGACCGCUGUAGAUGUGGAAGCCGAGGUGGAAAGGAAUGAGCAAAGCAUCGAAUCGGAGUUUUUGCGUCUUUUUGAUUACGCGAGAUGUAAGUAAAG